GCCCCGGGAGCCGGAGCAGAACCGGCGCGUCCCCGCCCGCCCGGCCGUCAGCUGAUGGGCCGCCCGCCCGGGAGGCCGCCGCCGCCGCCGCCGCCGCGCGAACAUGGCGGCCGAGAUCCACUCCAGGCCGCAGAGCAGCCGUCCGGUGCUGCUGAGCAAGAUCGAGGGGCACCAGGACGCCGUCACGGCCUCGCUGCUCAUCCCCAAGGAGGACGGCGUCAUCACGGCCAGCGAGGACAGAACCAUCCGAGUAUGGCUGAAAAGAGACAGUGGGCAGUACUGGCCCAGCAUUUACCACACCAUGGCCUCUCCCUGCUCUGCUAUGGCUUACCAUCAUGAUAGCAGACGAAUAUUUGUGGGCCAGGAUAAUGGAGCCGUAAUGGAAUUUCACGUUUCUGAAGAUUUUAAUAAAAUGAACUUUAUCAAGACCUACCCAGCUCAUCAGAACCGGGUGUCCGCCAUCAUCUUCAGCCUGGCCGCCGAGUGGGUGAUCAGCACCGGCCACGACAAGUGUGUCAGCUGGAUGUGCACACGCAGUGGGAACAUGCUGGGGAGACACUUCUUCACUUCCUGGGCUUCGUGCUUACAAUACGAUUUUGAUACUCAGUAUGCUUUUGUUGGCGAUUAUUCUGGACAGAUCACCCUGCUGAAGCUGGAACAGAACUCCUGUUCAGUCAUUACCACCCUCAAAGGCCAUGAAGGUAGCAUCGCCUGCCUCUGGUGGGACCCUAUUCAGCGGCUACUCUUCUCAGGAGCCUCUGACAACAGCAUCAUCAUGUGGGACAUCGGCGGACGGAAAGGCCGCACGCUCCUGCUGCAAGGCCAUCAUGACAGAGUGCAGUCCCUGUGUUACCUGCAGCUCACAAGGCAGCUGGUCUCCUGUUCCUCAGAUGGUGGGAUUGCAGUGUGGAACAUGGACGUUAGCAGAGAGGAGGCUCCUCAGUGGUUAGAGAGUGAUUCUUGCCAGAAAUGCGAGCAGCCCUUUUUCUGGAAUAUAAAGCAGAUGUGGGACACAAAGACACUGGGGUUGAGACAGCAUCACUGCCGGAAAUGUGGGCAGGCUGUGUGUGGGAAGUGCAGCAGCAAGCGCUCCAGCUACCCUGUCAUGGGCUUCGAGUUCCAGGUCCGCGUGUGCGAUUCCUGCUACGACUCCAUCAAAGACGAGGAUCGGACUUCUCUAGCAACCUUUCAUGAAGGAAAACAUAACAUUUCCCACAUGUCCAUGGACGUUGCUCGGGGACUGAUGGUGACCUGUGGGACCGACCGCAUGGUGAAGAUCUGGGACAUGACGCCCGUGGUGGGCUGCAGUCUGGCAACUGGGUUUGCCCCACGUUGAUCCGGGAGCUGGGCGAGGUCUGCACCUUCCCCGUGGCUCCCUUUACCAACGCAGCCCUUCCCCGUGGCUCCGCGGUCACAGUCACGGGAACGGACAGUAGCCACUAAAAAAACAAAGCAACAUUUUUAAAGAGAAAAAAAUGUAAGGUGUGUUUGGGGGCAUUUGUGGAACUACCUGUGGGGACGAAUAUGGAAAAAAAAGUUCAUCUGUAGUGGUUCCCUGAGGAAAGGAAUGACUUCAGCGAGACUUCCUCAUGAACAGUGAGCUCACGUGUGCUCAAGGAGUCAUUUGGCAAAUGGGAGUUUUAGAGGAAAAACUGUUGAACGAAAGUGUUAAAGCAGUUCCCAGUGCAAACACCCCUCCCCUCAGACUUGCCGACCUUCCCCAGGCGCCUGUGGCUCUGUGGUUAGAGCAGGGAUUCAGGGGAGGAGGACUUGCUGUCUCUUUCUUGAGGGGUGCAGGAGGACCCCAAGAACCCAGAGAUCUCUCCUUCCCCGCUGGCAGUAUGAGAAUCCUCUCUCCACAUAGUGAUUCUUCUUGAAGAUCUCUGUUCUCGGCAGGUAGCACCAUUCCCUGCACUUGGUAUUUGGAGUGCUCAUUUCCUCUUCCCGGCCAGCCAGUAAGCCAGGGGCCAGCCUUCCCAGUUGUUACUAAGUGAGCCGUAAAAUUGCUGCAUUAACCGAGGCGGCGCGCAUCCUUCCCUUUCCCCCAAGUGUGCUGUGAGGACAGAACGUUUUUAUGGUGCUGUUAACGUGGGAGUCACACAAGCCGUCCGACUGUCUCACUGCUGGCAGGAACGACUCGGGGUGGUGAAGGGAGAUGAUCAGGCUGCUCCAUGGGACGGCCCAGUCCCAAAAGGACGCAUUCUGUCUGUAGUUCCACGAUGAUGGGCCCCUGCGGUAUUGUGGCAGUUUAAUAAUAAUACACCUCAGAAAAGAACUCCACAACUUUCCAAACUAUGUUGACUUUUUGUUGUAAGGAAUAUUAUUAACAUCUCGUAGAAGGGAAUUAGUAACCCAGAGCAGUAAGCGUUAAGCAGGUCCUGCGCAGUCAUUCCUAACUUGUAAAUUGCUUUCCUAGCCACUAGCGAAUUCUCCUGUAGCAAAUGGCAUUUUAAAAGUUUUUGGCCACUUAGUACCAAGAUGGGGAAGAGGUGGGGAAUGGGAGAGCCUGUCUUUUAAUAUUCCCAUAUUUAUUUCUUUGUUUUUAACCAUAGUACACAUACCUAUUACUUUAGGGCUAUGCGAGUGAGUGGAGAGAGGCCUACUUUUCUUAAAGACAAAUUUUAAAAUAGAUAGCAACUGUAUUUUUGUUAGUCUUACUAGUGGAUAUUGAUAAAAACUCACUACUGCGUCACUGUGUUGGGAUCAUAUCAAGACAGCAUGGUUGUUAUGUGUGAUACCACGAAGGGAUUAAAUCUGUUUUUUAACAACAGAGAGGGACUAUAAUGUUUAAGACAGGUAAUUAAACUAAGAUAUCUUACUAGCCAAGUGACACAAAUAAUAAGGAAAGGAGGUCAGGCACCUCAUAUUCUAGAAUGAUCUGCAUUAAAAAUUGACUUGCUUUCAGGAGUAAGACUGAAGGGUUUUGUUUCUCUGUGUCAUUUUUGUUUUCUGUCAUCUGAAAGAGGUGUUUCCUUUAAAAACUUCCUGUCAGCUCUCUGCAAAACGUAGGAUACUAAUACAGGCUGGAAGGACACUGGGGGGAUGGGAUCUUACAGGGCAGUGUUGAGUGUUAGCUCUUGUUCAGUUAAUGGUCCAGCUUACACAAAGGUGCUAUCCUGGGGAUUUCAUGACAUCCUGAAAGGAAAAUAGGAUAUGAUCUGUUUCUUGCCAUGUUGAUGAGUACUGAACUGUGGUUUUGUUUGCCUUUAACUUCUGUAAAAUGUGAUUUUAUAAUGUCUGUGGUAGACUGAGCACAAUUUCACACUGUAGCUUUUAGCCUUCUUUUAUUUUAAAAAAUUCUGAAUGAAAAACCCAGUGUUCUAGAGAGAAUAUAAGGUUGUGAGAGCACCUCCUAAGGGGUUAAGCUAAUAUAAAUCAAAGAGGAAAGGCAUUAUGUAAGGAAGAAUUGGAGAGGGGCAUCCGGAAAAGGAAAGAAUGUUUCAAUUAACUUUUCUCUGCACCAGAGCCUCUUAGCACUUUUCAUUUUAAGAACUCAUGUAGCGGGCUUGUCUUGUCUCUACUACACACAAGGGAGCAAAUGGGGUAAUAUUUUUUAUAGAGGUGGGCAAAAAUUAUUUUCUCAAUUCUGCUGACUGGACACAUAAGGACGAUCCAGUGAGGCUUCUAGUUAUUGCCUUAUUUUGACUGUGUUACUCUUAAACCGGUCAUUUAAAAUAGCUCUUCAAGUACCAGUUCAUGGUUUUUCCAUUCCUGAAUACUCAGCUAAUUUCUACAACUAGGGAUUAAGAAGUACAGAAUAUUAGAGAAGAUCCUUACGUUUUAGAUCUAGUAUGUCUGCAAUAAGGAAAUGUCAAUUCUUCAUUCAUGACGUGUUCUCAGAUUGCCCUUUUUUUUUUUUUUUUUUUUUAGUGCAAAUGAUAGAAACACCCCCAUGGCAUUAGCUGGAAACAGGUUAUUCAGUAUACUGUAAAUCUCUGUUUACAAUGUCCUACUUCUGUCCUGCUGCCUGGAGGAUAUGAAUAAAAAUAGUGCUCUAGAAUGCCGCACUUGGUUCUCCCCUAAAGAAUUCAGUUUGCUUGUACCUACAUUUUUAAACUGUUGAAACUGGCCUAAAUAUGUAAUAAAUUCCAUAGUGACUCAGACCCGAGGAAAUAUUUUCUAAAAUGAGGUUUCAUUCAGUUACUUACUACUUCCGAUACUGGAUCUGGUGUCUUCUAAAAUGUAAGGAACCAGUUACUAUUAAUGAUAAACCAUCUGCUCAUUAUGAAUGUGAGAUUUAACAAAUAAGUAAUACAUGCUCCAUUUAUUCAAGUGUCUAUUGCUUAAUUGUUAAUUGUGAGCAGAUUAUUGAAUGCCUACUCUGUUUUCUGCAGUUUACUAUACAGUAACUCUUUGAGUAAAUCGUUUCAUUGUGCAACAAAUUUAUAUUAGAAUACAAUUUAAAGUGUUUUACUCUAUAGCCUUUUUGACUGGGGAAGCAAAGGGCAAUGUUGAUUAGUACAUUUUGUCUUGUACUAGCUAUGUUUCUAUAAGAUAUGGUGCCCCGUGUAUCCCAGAGAGUUAGAAAACUGUUCUUUUGCUCCUGUUUGUGGGUUCUGUUUUUGUGUUGUUGUGUUUUUUUUUUUGAGAAUAUACAUAUACAAUAAAAUGUUCCUUGCUUGUUA